UUUGAGUAGUAUUAUCAUCAAAAAUCUAUUGUCUAUUACAAAACCCAUUAUCAAUAGAUUAUAGUUCAUACAAAUAUAUAACGAAUCUUAUGGUCUAAGCAAAAAAAAAUACAACAUUCAAUACUGGAGAAAUACCAAGAAAUAGUCUUCUUCCUGGUCUUUGCUGAUUUGAUCAUGUAGACCCUUCUCAAAAAAAUAAAAUAAAAUCUAGUCAUACUUCUGUCCCUGUCACUUCUUACAUAGUUUGUUUUUCUUUAACGUUUCACAUACGCCUUCUUUCUUUAUUUUCUCUUCUUUUUGGUUUCUCUGUGUGAUUGGUGGGCUGUGUUCAAUGUUCUCUUUCCACAUACCGGGCAUUUUUUUUUUCUUUCUUUUCUCAUUUUGGGUUUUUGCUAUUUAUACUUGUUCAUUUAUAGUUCUCUUCCUUUUCUUUCUCGUUCGUACUCACUUUUUCUUUUACCUCACGGCUUCUCCAUUACUUUUUUCUUCCUUAGAAUCAUUUUUCUUUUGGGUCUCAUUGUUUCCACACUAUCUGAUUCAUUUCUCAUCUGGGUUGUGCCCUUUUUCCUUUAUCGCUAUAUAAAGCUUGCUUCUUUUUCAUAAGUUUUGUUCUGGGUUUUCAUUGCCAAGUGUCUGGAUAGUGGAAGUUUUUGAAUUUUUGAUAUUGAGAGCUAGAAAGCGAGAAAUAUGAAGUGCUUUUAUAUUUUCAAGGAUAAGUCCAAGAAAAAGAAAGGAGAUUCAAGAUCAGCACCAGAAUUAAGAAACAGAAGCGGACCAGAUACUUCACCUUUGAACCGUACAUCGAGAUCUUUACCUUCUCCAAGAAGCAUAACUGAAUUGUACAAAGAAAAAGAACAUAAUUUAAGAGCUUUCUCUUUUGAAGAACUUAGAGAGGCAACACAUGGUUUUAGUAGAUUGCUCAAGAUUGGAGAAGGUGGUUUUGGAAGUGUAUAUAAGGGAACUAUUAGGCCUGUUGAUGGUCAAGGUGAAUCUUUACUUGUUGCUAUUAAGAAGCUCAACAAGUAUGGCUUGCAGGGUCAUAAACAAUGGCUAGCUGAAGUUCAAUUUCUUGGAGUUGUUAAUCACCCAAACCUAGUAAAACUUCUAGGUUACUGCUCUGUCGACAAUGAGAGAGGAAUCCAACGGUUAUUGGUGUAUGAAUAUAUGCCUAAUAAGAGCUUAGAAGAUCAUCUUUUUAGUAGGGCUUUACCUACUUUGCCUUGGAAGACGAGAUUGGAGAUUAUGCUUGGUGCAGCUGAAGGAUUAGCUUACUUACAUGGUGGACUGGAAGUUCAGGUGAUAUACCGAGACUUCAAAUCCUCGAAUGUGCUAUUGGAUCAGAACUUUAAGCCGAAGCUUUCAGAUUUUGGGCUUGCUAGAGAAGGACCAACAGGUGAUCGUUCUCAUGUAUCCACUGGGGUGGUUGGUACGUAUGGAUAUGCUGCCCCAGAAUAUGUUGAGACAGGUCAUCUUACAAGUCACAGUGAUAUAUGGAGCUUCGGAGUGGUGCUCUAUGAAAUACUCACUGGCAGGCGAACACUGGAAAGAAAUCGGCCAACGUCGGAGCAGAAACUUCUCGAUUGGGUAAAACAGUUCCCAGCUGACAGUAAAAAGUUCAGCAUGAUAAUGGAUCCACGACUCAGAAAUGAUUACUCUAUAGCAGCAGCAAAGAGAGUUGCUAAGUUGGCAGAUAACUGUCUAAACAAGAAUUCCAAAGAACGGCCAUUUAUGACUGAAGUGGUCGGGACCUUGAAGCUAGCAAUACAAGAUUCAGAAGGCACAAGCACAUCUUCCAGUAUACCAUCUCAAUCUAGAUUGGCUGAGAGGAAAGCGAACAGGGUAUAAAGGCUUGGAAUGAGUAGAAACAUUUUACUGGUUUGCAUCUCAAAAAUCAUUAGACAAAACAUGGGAGUUAGCUUGUUGCGUAGGCUUCAAGAGGCUCGACUCAACUCGAUUAAAAAGAGUGUUGAUUUCAGAUAUUAGUAAACUAUUCUUUUCUUCUUGUAAAAAAAAAAAAAAUUAUGAAUAGAAAUAGGCAAUGCUGCAAAAAGGCAUAUGAACAAAUGGGUGGAUUCUGAACUUUGUUCCGAUGAGAUCUUGGGAAUAUUCUGAUGAGCUUAUACAGUACGGUUAUCAUCCUCCAUGAGUUCAAUGUUCAAUGUUCGAUUUUCA